GAUGGAAAGCAAACCUCAAAACACAAAAAUGAAAAAGGAAUUGACAUAGAUAAAUGGUUAAAAGAAAUUAAUUCGAAACCAUUAAGAAUUAUGUAUACUUUCCUCAAAGAAAUAGGUAAAAUUAUAAUAAAAAUAAAAAUGCAGGGACAAAGAGUAAUUACAGCAAGAAUACAAUUUGAUAAAGAUAUCCAUAUGUCUAAAAAAAAGGAGAUACUCCUUUUUAUUAAACAUACAUUAUGAAACGUGAGGUACAUUGAUGACAGAAUUAAAAAUUAGUAUCAAAGCUAGUACAUCGAAAAAUGGCCACUAUGUGGCAUCAACAGGUCUUUGCGCUUGAUGCAAAGUAUAAUGCAUUACGAGCUAACAAGUUCCCUAGUCUGGGUAUGUUAUAUAUUCGUCGAAGAAAUCAACUACUUCGUGAGAAACCUUCCAGAGAUCCUGAAAUCAGCACACAAUAUUUGAAAUUGCGAUCGGAAUUAUUACGUCGACGUUAUGGGGAGAAACAACAGGAGCAAAGUAGCAUGGGAAGUCAUACGAUUAGCGAGGAUUCAUCAGAAGGCAGAUUGAAGCAUCACCUCGCGCAACGAAAAUCUACAGCGGAAAAUUUCGCGUUCGCCGGUGUUCAUCAUGUUUUCGAUCAGCAUAAGGCAGCCAUAACGAUGCUGAAAUUCGCUAAUAAUGAUAGAUCCAAAUUGUGUUGCGCGUCAUUGGAUGGUACGCUGUCUAUAUGCGAAGUCAUUGGCUCACCUCCGAAAGUUAUUGCUUUAUUAGAAGGUCAUUCUGGCGGCGUGACUGCGCUUGAUUGGAGCAUCAGUAAUGAUCUAAUAGUCUCUUCCUCUCUCGAUACGACAAUACGACUCUGGAAAAUAUGCCAGGACGUAGAGCCUAUUUGUCUACGAGUGGUAAACGAUCAACAGCGAGCAGAAGUUUUGUGCUGUAACUUUUUACCUGCCAAUAAUAAUCUCAUCGUGGCAGGUAAUUCCCAAGGACUGAUUCAGAUCUUGAACGUGUCCACUGGUAUAUAUAUGCGUGGUGGGUCCUGCAAAAUCGGUGGAAAGAUUCUUUCCCUCGCCUGCGAGGGCAGCGGCGGUUCGGUGAUUUGGGCUGGCAAUGAUAGAGGUGUCGUAGUGUCUUUUCGAUUGGAACCCGGUGUAGGACGGUUGACAAAGUUGCAGCGAGUGCAAGAGACCGGCGGAAUGAUAACCAGCCUUUCUUGGCGCUCGUGGCUAUCAAAAGAUGCUCCUUGGGCAGCAUUGUUAGUGAGCAGCGCAUGUAACGCCGUAUUAUUGUAUCGUGUCGCAGACAAUCACGGUUCUCUAUAUUUUUGGAAAAAGUAUCCUAUCAAGCAUAGGCAUUACCCAUUGAGAUCUACCUUCUGUCCACAAAUGGGUGCAUGUUUAAUAGCUACCGGAUCAGAAGACGGAGCCGUUCACUUGCUGGAUUUAGCGAGGGAAGGAAAGGCCGCUAGAAUCAAUCGAUUACUUGGUCACGCGACACCUGCGUUAGCUUUAGCCUUUAAUUAUGAUGAAUCCUUACUUGCGUCCGCGGAUCACGAUGGACAGAUUAUUUUGUGGCGUAAUCAUCAACGUCAUUUAUAAAGUAUUUUUCUCAUUCCUCAAAGUUAUUAUUGGAGAUUGAAAAGAAAAACAAUUUGUUCGAGAUAUAAAGCAAAUGAAAGUAUUGUAAAAACUUCCAUAAGUCUCAGUUACAUAAUUAUAAAAUGCGAUGUAUAAAUGUAUAGAUUUAUCUACAAUGCCGAAGUUUUGUACAUAUCGCGAUUUAUUGCUGUGAAAAUAAAAAUUGAAAAUUAAUAUAAAAUUUUAGGAUAUUUAUAAAAAUAUAUACUUAGGGAGUUGAUGAAUAAAUAGUACUUUUUUCUGUAUAACAAUA